AUGGAACAGCAGCAUCGGCAAGAGGCUGCUGGCCGUCGUGGCGAAAGGGAGUUAAAUCCCUUUCGCCACGUACAGCCGAAGCCUCCGGCCAAUGUAGGCACAGAGGAGUUCCGGCGAGAAAUGCUGCAGAUGGAGCAGCGUUUCGCACCUCGAGUCUCUGACUCGAGAACUCGCGCUCUCGAGCUAGAGCGCGAGUUAAACUCGGGGACACCAACUGGUGUCCCUGAGCCAGAGGGGUCCUCCCCAAGGACACCUCACCCAAAGCCAACACCAGGCCCACAGUUCCCUGGCUUAAGAACUGUGAUUCUUCCUGGGCCAGCUGCUGGACCAGGACCAAAGCAACGUUCGGGCCUCCUGGCAUCCGAUCCUUUGGAUCGGGUUGACAGGAGGUUACUCUCUCCAGAGCCAGCUUCAAUCGCGUUGCCAAUGUCCCCAACCAGUGCUGACGCUUCGAGGUUCUUGGUGUUAUAUUCACCAGUCGGUGAGGUCACCACCCCUCACCCAGUAUGGGCUGGCCCUGCCACUACGCCCGGUUUGUCAUCUGGACAAAUCACACCGCCGCCUCGUCCUACUCCUCCUCCAACAGCACCUCGCCGAAGCACUAGACGGGCUCCUCAAGAGUUCUCACGAACUCCAGCUCCUGUCCGAACUGGUAUCGAGGCAAGGGGGAUUGGUCUUCCACGCACUGCUCCACCAAAAAGACCGGUCUCUUAUCCUCAUACGGAUCAGUCGAGUGGUCAGCGUGUCGAGCAAGCUGGAUCUUCCACCACCCAACAACAAGGGAGCCGCCGAAUCACUCCAAUGUAUGUUUCUCCUCCCAUCGGCGGGACGACCUCUUCUCCAUUCGCGGUGGAUAUUCAGUCGGCUGGUGGAUCUUCCACACAACCAGUUCCGCGUCCUACGACCCAGUCGGUCUUUGAAAGUCUGAGUACGUCUUCUUUGACUCAAAAGAGCGGAAUGUCAACGGCACUGGCUACUCCACGUGGUUUUCAAUCUCCUGGGCGUCCAGAACCGCCCACAGCGAUGCCACUCUCAUUUCUGCCCCCAGAACAUGUGACAUCUUUCCCUGGUCUGAGAGCUGGCCAUAACGUUCGGGAUACUUUAAGGAAAGUUUCGGCUGAAACACCAAAAGGUGAUUCCGAAGGAGGCACUCCAGCAGAUUCCACCAUAAUCAGGAAAAAUCCUAUUACUUCAAGACCAGGACAACUUCAACAAGAGGAAGCUUCUGGGAGCAAGCUUGGGUUACCUACUAGGUUGAGUGGUCUUUACAGGGACCUUCGAGACCUUCAGGACGAUUCGCCGCUUGUUGGAAAGAGCAUUAAGGCAGCCUCAGCUAAAGAAAAGACGAAGGCCAUAGCUUCAAAGAGCCUCACACUCACGACAAAAGCUGGUACGAGUUCUCAAGAAUUACAUCCACUUGAUUCAUCUCCAAAAGCCCCUGAAUCGACUGCCAACCCACAAGCCCUUCACCCGGGGAACAUGAAUUCUGCUCGAGAUCCGCGUGGCUAUACCUCUGCCGGAGGCACACUUGACGAAACUCUUGAUUCCCUUGAGAGUCUUUGUGGCACUAUCAAGCGUAUCGAAUCUACAAUGAAGGACUACCGAAAAAAUCUCGAGGUCGACGCACAAGAACUUAAGCGUGAUCAGAAGUUCUUGCCGCAUCUCCAAGAUCGAAAUACCCAGGACGGGUCAGCCAGGUCUCAACAUUACCAUUCUGACCGGGUUGGGUCACUACUUCAAGAUUUCCGAAAGAAAGAAAGCCGCUAUCACAAAAGCCUCGAAAGCCUUAAUCGUCUGGACGAAGAUCCACUUCUCGAUCCUUCUGUUAGUAUUCCUAUCAUGGAUGGAGAAAAUGAAACCAAGCAACGGAUCGUCUUUCGAGGUCGACUACAUAUCCGCGACGUCCUGAAGAAGUUUGGAUACCGCGGAGGACCGGCUCGAUCUUUCUUAGAGCAGCUGGACAAAGGCAUCUGGAAACUAGAGCUCUCAAAAGCAAUUAUCGCUACGGAUCCCGGGAUUUCAGAAGGUAUUCAGAUCUUGAACGAACUAGGACAUCGGCCGAAGCAAGGUAGCGAAAUCGACUUUAAUGGAAUUGACCUGAACGAUCUUUCUUCUUUGCCAUGGGGUAAUUUUAGACUCAAGAGGCUAGGAGACACUAUCAUAAGAGAUAAGACAGGUGAAAUUGACCAUCUUCGCCGCAAAGACAAGGGGAAAGGUAAAGCAACCAUCCAGGACGAAAAGGAAACUGCGACUCCGGAAGCAAGCGCGGCUCAACCUUCUGGACGAACGCCAACUCCUACUAUCCCAGAUUCAGAUAGUGAAGCAGAAGCUGACUACGAAAAAACCUUCAUGACUGAUCCUGGGAUGACUCCUCGCUUGAAGAGUAGGCUUAGCCUGUUAGAGCAACGAGAAAAAUCCGAAAAAUCGAGCAAAGAUAGCUCCCGUCCAUUUCAUCGCAAGUAA